AUGAAAAACGAUUUUGAACUUGGAUGCAACACGGAUUGUGUUAAUAUGUAUGAUCAAUUACAAAACAUGUUAUUUGUUUUUUUGUGUUUAAAUCCUCUUCCAGAGUUUUUGUGGCAGAAAGUCAACUGGAAGUUCGUGACUACCGACGUUCAAGAUAUCAUUGGAAUUGCUUUGAACUUGGCAACUGCCGGCUCCGUUGCCACUCUUCUCGUGUUGCCAGGAUGUGGAAAAACGAAAGCAAAACCAUCUGAAAGUGACUCAACAGGAUCAUCGAAAACUGAAGAAAAGGAUAAGGACAGCUCGACAGCUGGUGGAGCUGCUUCAACUGCUGGCGGAUCUCCUGCUGCUCCUGCGGCCCCUGCGGCCCCUGCUUCUCCAGCUCCUCCACCACCACCCCUUGCCGCUGGUGGACCAAAACCUGGAGGUCCUGGAAUGGCUGGUAAUGAAAAUCCUUAUAGUCCUCAAAAAUUAUUUUCUAUUUUAGCGACUCAUGACCCCAAUUACCAAACUCUUGCUGGCAUUGGAAAUGACUGUUUUGACAAAAAGGGUGGUCCACCUGCUGGAGGUGGUGCUGCUCCACCAGCUGGUGCCAAACCAGGAAUGGCUGCAACUCACGAUCCAAACUAUCAAACAUUGGCUGGAAUAAACAAUAACGUUUUUGAUAAGAAAAAUGAGAAAAAUGAAGAAGAAGGAAGAGCUGGAACAUCUGCUCCAGCCGAUCAGAACGCAAAAGCAGCUACCCAUGAUCCGAAUUAUCACACUCUGGCUGGUCUUAACAAUAACGUGUUCGACAAGAAAGAUGGAGGAGGAGGAGCUGCCGGUGGAGACAAGAAACCAAUUCAACCAGCUGACAAGAAUAAGAAAGCAGCAACAAUGGAUCCCAACUAUCAGACAUUGGCAGCAGUCGGAGGAGAUGUAUUUGGUGCUGAUAAGAAGGCAGGAGGUGGUGGUGCAGGAGGGGAUAAGAAACCCAUUCAACCGGCUGACAAGAAUAAGAAAGCGGCAACUAUGGAUCCUAACUUUCAGACAUUGGCUGCUGUUGGUGGAGACGUUUUCGGAGCUGAUAAGAAAGUAGGAGGAGCAGAUGGAAGGAAACCAAUACAACCAGCUAAUAAGGUGAACUAA